CUUAGCCAAUUAGAAUCGAGUACUCGAUAUUCUGUUUACAAAGACAACAAAAUGGCGCUGAAUUGGAUUAAACAUAGGACUAAAAGAAGACCGAAUUUUUCUCCCGCCGAAAUCGAAACUUUAGUAGAAUGUUUGGAAAAAAAUAGAGACGUACAAGACGAUAAAUUUCCCUUUAGCGAUUUACAAGCGUGGAAGGAAAUCACGAGAAGAGUAAAUAUGGUGAGUAACGUGCAGAGAAAUAAUCAAGAGAUCAUGUCAAAGUGGAGAGAUCUUAGAUGCAAAACUAGAUUGAAAAUUGUUCGUUCUAAAAAGAUGAAAGAUCAUUUAUCUGAUCUCGAGAGAAGAAUUGAUCGUUUAGGAGAAAUAUAUGACAAACAAGUUAAACGAACAAGCCGUUAUAAAAUUCUAAAAAAGUAUAGAAAAGAAAGUGAACCUGCUGAGCAAGAAUCUAUUCCGAAUUCAGAUGCUAUUGAGAUUGAUGAUACUGAUAAAAUUGAAUCUAUUGAAUCUAAUGAGAAAUCAGAUUAUCAAGAAAAAAUUGAUUCCUUUCCCUGUUCUUAUCCAAUAACUAUGUCUUCAGGAGAAAUAGAGAUACUAAUGCAACAGCAAGAAUUAUUGUUAAAACAACAAGGACAAAUGUUAACUGUUUUAGAGGAAUUGAGAGACAUUCAACGAGAUCUUUUAAUGCUGAAGCAAAAAAAUCAUGAAUUAAAAUUAUCAAAAUUUCAAUUUACUGCAGCACAGGCAGGUAUUAAAAUUGUGACAAUAUCAAAUCAAUAAACAGCUUUUAAAUUUAGUUUCCACACAUUGAAUUUCUGUUUUUCACUUCAUGUAUAUAAAUAAAUAAAAGAAAAUUUAUUUAUAUAUAGUUUUAUUCUAAAUUUCAUUGAAGAUAUAUGAACAAGAUAUACAAGAUUAAGAUAUUUACAAGAUUAAUUUUAAACAUAAGUGCAAAGAAUGUUGAAUUCCAGAUAAUGUAUUGAAGUUGCAUUAAAAAAAAUGACAUAAAUGAAAUUUCCACUAAUAAUAAUAGUUACAAGAAUGGAAAUAUUCAAAAUGACAAUAAAUGAUUACUUCAGUUUUGAUUUAUUCAACAAUCAGUUGAAAUAAAAUAUAGGUUCAAUGAACCUUUUGUUUUUAACAUUGUAACGAAGAUAAGAGAAAUCUGUAAAUAUAAAUAUUUAUAAAACUAUAUUACAAAUGUUUAAUCAUAUCUUUUA